ACUAUAUUAAGAUCCGAUUCGUGUAUAACUUUCUGUGAAAAGUAUUGCUGUUGCUGUGAAUGGUGCUGGAAAGUAUAUUGUUACAAAACACAGACGGAAAUGCAAAGCACUGCUUACCAAAAGCCACAGUUCAGCAAGUGGCUGAUAGAGCAAAUUAACAGUGGACAGUACCCAGGGCUGGAGUGGGUGGACAGAGACUGUUUCCGCAUCCCUUGGAAACACAACUCCAGGAAAGACUGCAAUGAUGAUGACUGUAUGAUAUUCAAGGCUUGGGCUAUAGCCAGUGAGAAAUUUCAUGAAAAUCAAAAUGACAAAGCCAAAUGGAAAACUAACUUCCGCGGUGCCUUAAACAGCCUGAAGAAUUUCAUAAAGAUACAAGACAAGUCAAAAGAGUUGGAUGAUCCACACAAAGUCUACCAGAUUGUAGAAAUGCCAACUAACUCGGUGAGCGCCAUUAAAGAGGAUGAGACUGCACAGCAAUAUGUCAACCCCCAGCCUUCCCCAGCUCCUAUCAUAUACCAGAACCAGCUUAUACCACAGUACCGACAACCCAUGGAUGUGCAGCAAGAAUUGUUGAACAAGCAGCUGCACACACUGAAUAUUGGAAAUCAGUACCCAGACGACUCGCAGUGGGAUCAGCUACCAACCUAUGGCAUGCCAAUUGAGGAGUAUCCCAUUGAGCCUGUACCCUAUGCACAAGAUCAAGUCUCUCAAAAUGCAAUUCCAAAUCAUAUCCCAGAACCGCCAUACAAUGCCGAAAAUGAACCCCUCCUGCCUGAUUUGAAUGAUUUGGAGAUUACCAUCUACUACCGGAAGCAGACAGUGCUGUUCGCACAGCUACGAGGCCCCAAAGUACAGUUCCACUACAACAAGGAGGACCCCUGCCUGGGCCCAGACGGACUUGUGUGCUUCCCUGGGACAGAGCAGCUCAUGGACCACAGGCAGAUUAAGUAUACCCAGAAGCUCCUCAACAGCAUCCAGAGAGGCCUGCUCCUAGAGGUCAAACCGAGGGGCAUCUACGGGACACGGCUGGAUAAAUGCCACGUGUACACAGCCCACAACGUGCCUGUGAUCGAGGAGCCAAGCAAGUUACCCAACAACAGGGAGGUGGAGCUUCUGAGCUUCCAAAAAUAUAUAAAAGAUUUAAUCGAUUUUAAAGAAAACAAGCGCGGUUCUCCAGAUUAUACAAUUUACCUUUGCUUCGGGGAGAAGUUUCCUGACGGGAAACCGAAGGACACAAAAUUAAUCCUAGUGAAGGUCGUCCCCCUAGUCUGCCGAUUUUGGCAUGAAAUGGCUCAGAGAGAGGGGGCGUCCUCCUUACAGAGUGACAACAUCAGCCUGCAGUUAUCCAACAACAGCCUGUAUGAAUUGAUCAAUUCCUACUUGUCUGACCUGGAAAUGUUUUCUGUUUAAAGUCAUAUUGGAAAUUGAAUGGCAAACAAAUGUAAAAAUUCAUUUUUAUUGCUCAGCAGACAGCUCUCUUGUUGCUGUCUCUUCCUUUUUCUCUUGUCCUAUCCCUUACUCUUAUCAGUAAAGCUGCUUUGUAGUAGUGGUGGCCUAGUCUUAUAUAAUAGAGAGUAUACUCUACAGUUCCAUUUAAUGUAACCCUGAACAUUGUAUGGAUUUCAUACAAUAGUUCAUGAUUAAUAAAUAAAAAAAAAUACACGUUAAGUAUAUAUACAUAUUAUGAAAAUAGAAGUUUUGGCAUUGGUGAUAACACUAUCCAAAAUUGUCUCAAGCACAUUGCACUAAAUAUGCAUUUGCACUAUUAUAGAAUUUUAAAUUGAACUGCAGGGCCAGUAUACUUGACCCAUAGCAUAACUAGAAGAAAACAUAAAAGAUUUUAAGUAUUGAUAUAAAAAAUAAUGCAACAGUUUGAACUGCUCUUUUUUAAAAAAAAAAAAAAAAUCAGGGGACAACAGCUUAGCCAGUAGAGUACUUGCACCGGAAGCAAAAGGCUCAGGUUCGAUUCCUGAUUCUGCUGCCACUAUAUCGUGUAACUAUUUCCAGUAGCAUUGUUAGUCUAUUUCCCAAGUACAUACCCUUCUAAAUGGUGCUAUAGUAUGGAAGAAUAGUGGUCAGAACACUAUAGUUUAUUAUUAAACCCAAACUUAGAACCCCUAUUAGCUAAUACCAAACUGGCCGCACUAUAGUGUCAAAGAACUAUUGCCCUCUAACAUCACUCAGCAGUCAAUAGUUAAACUAGUCUGACAUCAUACUGUAGAUUUAAUAAAACAGUUUUCACCUUCUAGUGGAAAGAUCAUUCCCCUUGGGUUGAAAAGGUGACCUUUAGUAAGGUUACGACCUCCAGUUAUUGUCUGUCUGUUGCUUUUUCAACCCUCUGAGUAGUAUUUCACUAUAUAGUAUACUAUAGUAUUUUGUCUUUUAUUAUAUAAAAGUAUAGUGUUUUGACCACUACUAUAAUACUACUGUAUUUUAUAUAGGCAGAUAACCCUGCUAUGUGGUAACUUUAAAAGCUAGAUUUGAAUAAAGCUAGAUUCAGAUUUGCUUAAAUUAGGCAUACUGAAAAAGGGAGCUGGACCUCCCACAGUAUUUAAACAAAUUGUCUUCUUGUGAAGAAUUAAAGGAUAAGCAUUAUUUUGUUACAUGCCCUGAAAAGGGUACUUUUUUUUUACUUGCUCUAAGAAAAGGACACAUUUAAUUCUCAACUUGCUGACCAGACAUAGGGUUAUAAAGUUGUUUUACUGCUAUGCCAACUAUGGGAUUAGCAACCCAUGAAGCAAUUAUUAUAAUUUUUAAUAUAGUAUGAGGAAGAAAAUAUUUUCUACUAAGACUAUCAUAUCUCCUACUAGAAUAAUAGUUUAAAUAUUUUUUUUUUUUACUUUGACAGUCUUAUCUGUGUUUCUUUUCUGCUUUGGUGUAUAAGGCUUUUGUUGUAAUUAUAAAAUAAAGAUUAAUUGCAGGUUA